CGCGGAACACCCACCUAGCUAGAGUACCUAGCCUGCGCUGUGCCGAUCAUGCGCGCGUCGCUUUUCAUCAUUCAUUGCACUGUUUUUGUUGUGUUGUCGUCUUAAAAUGUGAAAAUUGAUCAUGGAUUUUGUAAGUGAAGUCGAAAACUGUCCCGAGAGGACCCAAAAAGUUGAGAAAAUGGCUCCGAACGUGACGGACGUGAACGGUGUGCUGUUCGAGAGUGACGCAGCAACCCCUGACCUUGCCCUGGCGAGCGCCCCGGUGCAGCAGGCGGACAACAGCCCGAGGAUCUACGUGUGGAGAAAUAUCCUCCUCUUCGCGUACCUUCACGUCGCGGCCUUGUACGGCGGCUACCUGUUUUUGGUGUCAGCGAAAUGGCAAACAGAUAUUUUUGCCUACCUCCUGUAUGUGGCAUCUGGGCUGGGCAUCACAGCAGGCGCACACAGGCUGUGGGCUCACAAGUCCUACAAGGCAAAGUGGCCGCUGCGACUCAUCCUUGUCAUUUUCAACACCAUUGCAUUCCAGGACUCCGCGAUAGACUGGGCGCGCGACCACCGCAUGCACCACAAGUACUCCGAGACCGAUGCUGACCCCCACAACGCUACCCGAGGUUUCUUCUUCUCCCACAUCGGAUGGCUGCUUGUCCGCAAGCAUCCGGAGCUCAAGCGCAAGGGCAAGGGGCUGGACCUUAGCGACCUGUACGCUGACCCCAUUCUGAGAUUCCAGAAGAAAUACUACCUACUCCUGAUGCCACUGGCGUGCUUCGUGCUGCCGACCAUCAUUCCGGUGUACAUGUGGAACGAGACCUGGACCAACGCGUUCUUCGUGGCCGCGCUCUUCCGCUACGCCUUCAUCCUCAACGUCACCUGGCUCGUCAACUCCGCCGCGCACAAGUGGGGCGACAAGCCCUACGACAAAUCCAUCAAGCCCUCCGAGAACAUCUCCGUCUCGCUCUUAGCGUUCGGCGAGGGCUUCCACAACUACCACCACACCUUCCCCUGGGACUACAAGACGGCCGAGCUCAGCAGCAACCGACUCAAUUUCACCACCAGAUUCAUCAACUUCUUCGCCAAAAUCGGCUGGGCGUACGACAUGAAGACCGUCUCCCAUGAGAUCAUUCAGAAGAGAGUGAACCGCACCGGUGACGGAUCCCACCACCUGUGGGGCUGGGGCGACAAGGACCACCCCACGGAGGAGUUCAACGCCGCCGUCAGAAUUAACCCUAAAGAUGAUUAAUUAUUAACAUAUAGAGCUUCCUUUUAUGAUCUGAUUUAACUUAAGUUUUUUAACUUGCAGACACUCGCUUAAAGUCUGUUUUUAAUUCCGUAAGACAAAUGUUAUUGUAAAUGACAAAUUAAAUGAAGCGGUCUUUAGGAAUAAAAAACACACUAGUAGAGUAACUCGGAGAUGCUACUGGUGAGUGAUUGCGAUUUAGCGUAAUAUUUAUAUGUAUCUAUAGAAUUGUGUGAUCGCGUCGAAUACGUGGAUUUGUGAUAAACACAUCAGUAUUAUAGACCACAUAUUGAAUUUACUUUCAUUUAUAUUGUAGGUGAGAAAAGGCUCAUGAGAGGUCAGGUUUAACACGUUCUGUCAAGUUGCACUUCUAUGCGUAAGGACAUAUCUUAUGUGGAACUGACUUGAAGAGAUUUAUUUCGAUUGUAUAUUUAGUAUUCGUAACCUGAACGUGUUGGAGGCUGCUUUUCAUUCUUAUUCAUUAAACAUCAAAGUCAACUUAGUCAACCCAUUUUAUCGGAUAUAUUAUAAUUUCAUUAUUUUAAUAACGUAAUAUACUUAGAAACACCUGCGGCCAGUUUAUCUAGUAAAAAACUUGUUUUGUACUUUGUUUUACCAGUUAAUUAUUGUUAAACUAUCAGUGAGAUAUGAACGUUAAAUAAGUUAUGUCUUAUGAAACAAAAAUCAUAGUUACCUAGUCUUAAUGCGUUUCUUUAAGCUAAUUUAUUUUGCAGUUUUUACAUAGUCUCAAGGCUUCUGCAGAUAUGUCCGUUAAGUUGACGCCAAGUGCUGUUUAAUCUCGUAUGUUUGUUAUAUACGUAAAAAGGCGUUUUCUUAUUUAUUUAAUUUUGCGCUCCAGGAGCGAUAAUUUUAUUUUGAAGAGUUCAAAAGUGAAAUAUGUUGAUAUUUUCUACGCAGCCCUUUUUGGAACCAAAAUACGCUUGCAACUGUACAAAUAACGUUUAUAAAAGUUAAUGUCAAGGCCAAACCACCACAAAAUUUCUAGUAUUUUUAACAGAAUAUAGUAAUUUUAAUAAACAGGUUGAUAAAGUCGACAUCCCAGUAAUUUAUUUAUUACAAAGCUCAUUACACGUUGUAUGACUAAGUUUUGUUUAUGUUAAGGAUAUGUGGUAUAUAAUAAGUUUUGUAAUAUAUGCAUAUUGUAUGCACGGAGAGAUUUAAGCUUCACCGAACUUAGCUGGCUCUAAUUCGGUGGUAUUUUUAACUUCGCUAAUUUUGAAGACGCAACUACAUUUUAUAUGUAAAUCUAUAUAUUUAAUAUAAGUAUAAAAGAUUAUAUAAGAAAAAUAUCUGUAACUUGUAAAUUUUAUAAAAAAUAUCUUAGUGUAGUUGCGUCUUUAUGUUUUGAGAGCGAAAUAUGAUACAAUAUGUAUUGGACUGAUGUGUGAUGAUGUUUGUGAUAUUAGGGUAUCAUUUAAAACGUCGUUGAUAUGAAACUGCUGCUCAUAAAAUUUUUUACUUAACCUUUAAUGUGAUCUUUAAUGAAAUCCAUAAGCAUUUAUAUCUGAUUAAAAAUACUUACAAAUAAAAAUAGUUUCUCUACAAUCAGGUCAAAGUACCAUGAACUAUAGAUAUUGGAACCUUAUUACGAUAUAACGCGUGUUCCUAUAGUUUUGAACACCUCGAUCGCCCAAUUCACAUAUGAUGGCGAUUGGCGACUUUACUAAUACCAAAACUUCAAAAACUGAUUAAUUUUAUUAUAUUUCAUUGUAAUUUUCGUUUUUACGAUAAAAGAUUAAAUACGAGCUAUUAAAGAUUAAAAAUAUAAAAUUAUAUGACAUGCAGUAAUAGCUAAGAGCUAGUUUCAUUUCAUAUCAACGAGCCGGAUGCAAGUAAGCUGGUCUAAUAGCACACGCACGUAUCCCCCGGAGCCCUAAACUAUGCACGACUCGGUGUUGUGAGUCUUUCAUUUAUGUCCUAGACAUAGUCUUGUUGUUCUAUGUUAACUAAAUUUUGAAACUAAA